AUGAACCCCACUCAGGACAUCCCUCACUUCAAGAGACGCGCUAACCCCGUCCUUCUCGCUGCCUCCUGCAGCAGGUCCUUUGUCCUCUUCCCUGAGCAUCCGUCAUGUGUCGCUGUGGCUGCCUCAGUGUCCAGAAUGCACUCAGCGCGCGUCCCUUCGCCAUCAUUUCGACUGAGGUGGAGGAGCCAGAGGCUGCAGUGCUGCUCUGCAGAAUUAGCUUCCAGUGAUUCCCAGACAGCACUGGUAGAAAACAGGACAGAGGUGACAGAGUUCCUGCUGCUGGGACUGACCGAUGACCCGCACCUGCAGCUUCCCCUCUUCAUCACCUUCCUCCUCAUCUACACCAUCACUGUGGCUGGGAACCUGGGGAUGAUCCUGCUCAUUCUCCUGGACUCUCGUCUGCAGAGUCCCAUGUAUUUUUUCCUGGGAAAUCUGUCCCUGGUGGAUUUCUGCUACUCUUCCGCUGUCAUGCCCACAGCGGUCACUGGGCUCCUCAUUGAAAACCAGCUGAUCUCCUACAAUGCUUGUGCUGCUCAGAUGUUCUUUUUUACAGCCUUUGCUACUGUGGAAAAUUACCUCCUGGCCUCCAUGGCCUAUGACCGCUAUGCCGCAGUGUGCAGGCCCCUGCACUACACCACCACCAUGACCACAAAGGUGUGUGUAGGUCUCAGCACAGGCUGCUAUGUCUGUGCUUUUCUGAGUGCCUCCUUCUAUACUGCUGACACGUUUAGUCUCUCCUUCUGCAAGUUCAAUGCAAUCCAUCACUUUUUCUGUGAUAUUCCAGUAGUCAUGGCUCUUUCUUGUUCUGACAGACAUGUUAAUGAGCUGGUUCUUAUUGAUGUAGCCAGCUUUGUUAUCUUGUUAGCCCUCCUAAUUAUCUUAAUAUCCUACACAUUGAUUUUUAUCUCUAUCCUGAAGAUGCAUUCGGGUGCAGGACAUCGCAAGGCUCUGUCCACCUGUGCCUCCCACUUCACUGCCGUCUCCAUCUUCUAUGGGACUACAAUCUUCAUGUAUCUGCAGCCCAGCUCCAGUCACUCCAUGGACACUGAUAAAAUUGCAUCUGUGUUCUACACCAUGGUCAUCCCCAUGCUGAACCCCAUGGUCUACAGCCUGAGGAACAAGGAGGUCAAGAGUGCCUUCUCAAAAAUUAUUUUGGAAAGAAAAUAA